ACCUACUUACAAUGACUCUCGCGCAAAUAGGGACGCGCAGCGUGCAAACUCAUCGCGAUGGAGCAUUAACCCACGUCAUUAUAGCGCUCUGAGCAUUGUCACAUUGCUUUCGUAGCGCAUAAGAAGCUUAGAAAUAGUCAGCGGCUUCAAGAAUGAUCCCAGGCUUCGCCCGCCAGUCCUGGAGCGCGCCGUGGCAGUGGCUGUCUGCUCUCACCGGGACCUCCACCGGCGCCGCCGGAGCUCGCCAGGGCGGUGCCACCGCAGCUACCGGCAGUUGCGGCCUGCUACAGCAGCAUGCAAGCAGUAGCAGCAUUCAUGCGACCGCCGCAGCCGCCGAAGAGCUGGCUGGGGGUCGUGUCAGCACUGGCGUGCGCGAGGGAGUGGCCGCCGGAGCCCCGGAGGCACCGGCUGCUGCGGUUACGGAGGCCGCGGCACAUGCCACGGCGAUACACAACCUUGGGGGCACAGGGACACGAACACACUUGUUCCGUGCCCUUUUAGCAAGGAGCGGUGCUGCUGGCAGUGGGGCCAGCGGCAGCAGUAGCAGCGGCGGCGGCGGCGGUGGCCUCGGGGUCGGGGGCGGCAGUAGCUCCGGGCCUGCGGCGGGCGCCCUCGGGCAGCCCGCCAGCGGCGCCGCCGCCUUCUGGCUCCCGCCUUCGAGCCGGCCGCUACUGCCACCUGCCAGCGCGCUACUGCCGCUGCUGCUACUGCCGCCUAUGGCUCGGUCGUUUGCGGCCGGACCGCUGCCGUACCGGCGGCGCGGCAGUAGCAGCAGCAGCACCACCGCCAGCAAUGACAGCGCCGCCGCCACCACCGCCGGCAGCGGCAGCAGUGGGUCAAGGUUCGGUGGUAGCAGCAACAGCCGUGGCAAUAGCCGGGGUAGCAACAGUAGAGCUGGCGGCGGCGGCGGCGGCGGCGGCGGCGCUGUGCCGCGGGGUCUGGUGGAAGCGGCGAUGGAGCUGCAGCGGAGUGCGGGCCGCAUGCCGGCCAAGGCGCUGGGUGACAUGUUGUUUAAGAUUGGCAGGACCUGGACGGGACACCUGGGCGCCGGCCCCGGCAGCGGCGAGUUGCGGGCGGCGCUGGCGGCGCUGCUGGCCGCCUACGGCCGCCACGUGCCUCAUCUGGACUCGGCGGCGGCGCUGCUGAGCCCCCUCGUGACCAUGUCCAAUUUAGGCUGCUGGCUGCCGCCGGCCGAGCUGGCGGCGGCGGCCGAGCAGCUGGGGCUGGAGGGCGGCGGCGGCGGCGGCGGCGGCGGUGGGGCGGUGGCGGCGGCGGUCGCGCGCGGCGACAUCGGCACUGCAGUGAUGCUGAGGCUGGCGGAGCCCGCGGCUCAGGCGGCGCCGCAGGCGGCGCCGCAGGCGGCGCCGCAGGCGAUUCUCGCCACGGCCCGGCCCCGUGACCACGCCGCGUUCUGGUACACGCUCACCGCCGCGCCGCCGGAGCUAACCGCCACCGCCGCCACCCGCGCCGCCGCCGCUCUCAGCGCCGCCACAAUGACGGCGACGCCGCCAGCAGCUCUGCCCAUGGAGGUGGCGUCGUCUGUGCUGCUGUCACACACCAGGCUUCCCGACCUCGCCGCCGGCCCCGCCGCGCACAAGCUGCUGGCGCAUUUGCUGGAGUCCGUGGUCGCUUCCACGUCAGCAUCGGCGUCGGCGUCGGCAUGGUCACAAGCGUCGGAGGGUGCAGAGGAACCUGCCGGCGGCAGCGGUGGUCGCGGUGGCGGCGGCGGCGGUGGCGCCGGCGGUGGCGGCACCGCGGGGGACGUUGUUAAGAUGACGCGGGUGGUGUACGCGCUGGGCAAACUCAAAGCGGAGUCCGGGUUCGAUCCGCGGCUGGAGCACAUUUCCGCGGUGCAGGCCUGGCUGGCGAGCCGCCUGAGCGCCGAGCUGUCUCGUUACGCCGCCGGGGCAUCGGACGGGUUGUCAGCGGCGGCGGCUGCGACAGGGGAGGCGGAGGCGGCGGCGGAGGGCGCCGCCUCCUCCGCCGAGCUGCGGCCGCGCGCCGCGCAGCGGCGCGCCGACAAGCUCGCGCGCCAAGCGACAAAGCAGCUCGAGCGGGAGCGCGCCGCCGCCGCGGCGGCGGCGGCCAGCGGCAUUCCCUCCGCCGGCUUCUACGGCGACGGCGUGGGCGCCGCCGCCGCCGGCACACAGCCGCUGCACCUCACACAGCUCGCCUACGGCUGCGGCAAGGUCGGGCACGUGGAGCGGCCGCUGCUGCUGCCGCUGCUGGACCUCCUCGCCAUCCGCCGCCGCAACCUGAACGAGCAGAUGCUGGCCAACGUGCUGUACAGCCUGGCGCUGCUGCGUGCGGUGCGUGGGCCGCGCGCCGCGCGGCCCGCGGCGCUCUUGCUGGGCGAGGCCCGGCGACGCAUCGAGGCGAGCGCGGCGGUCGACGGCUGCGCCGCCUUCAAGUCGCAGGAGCUCUCCAACACGCUCUGGUCGCUCGUGUACCUUCACCCACAGACCGCGCACCUGCCGUCCGAGCCCGGCGGCAAGCCGGAGCGGAAGCGGGGCAGGUGGGAGCCGCGCGCGACGGCGGCGCAGGGCCUGACGCCGCUGCCGCGGCCCUUCGCCGCGGCUCUGACGACAGCGGUGGCGGCGCGCGUGGGCGUGGACUUCACGCCGCAAGAGGUGGCGUCAUCGCUGUGGUCGCUCAUGCGGCUCGGGGUGGAGAGCAGCGCGACGGCGGAUGCGGUGGUGGCCGCCGCCUGUGGGCCGCGGUUCGGGAAGGGCGCCAACGUCCAGGCUUGGUCCAACCUACUGCUGGCGUUGGCGGCGCUACGGCACCGGCCAGGGCCGGAGCUGCUGGCAGCUGCCGUGACGUGCGGCGCCCCGGGCCUGAUCAGGCGCACCGCCCGCACACAGGAAUGUACGAACACGAUGUGGUCGUUGGGCACGUUGGUGCUGUACGACCAGGAGUUGGUUGAUGGGGUGGCGGCGCGGAUGUUGCAGCUGGCGCGCACGCGGCCGGACACGUGGACCACGCAGGCGAUUAGUAAUGCGCUGUGGGCGUUGGCCGUGAUGGGGCGGGACGCGAUGACGCGGCAUGAGGAGGUGAUGGUGGAGGUGCUACAGCUCGCGCGGCGGCACUGGCAGGCGGCGCCGCGCCGCGGCGGCGGCGGCGGCGACGGCAGUAGCCAGGGCGACAGUGGCAGUAGCAGCAGCAGCGGCAUCGAGCUCAACCAGAUCUGGCAGGUUCAGAUGGAGCUGGAGAUGUGGGCGGCUGUAGCAGCAACGGAGGCGGGCGGCGCGCACGCGGCCCUUGACAGCCCGUUUGGCAGCAUUGCCAAAGCUGCUAUCACCGCCACCGCUGACAUCCGCGCAGCAAGCAGCGACAGCACCAGCACCACCACCAACACCACCAGCGCCAUCACCACCAGCGGGGGCGAAGGCGGUGGCGGCACGGCCCGGCGACUGGCGCAGGUCCUGGGCCGGGACGCGGGAGUGACGGGGUCGCUGUACGAGCAGUCCCGUGCCAGCAUGCAGGGCAUACGGCUGGACCACGUGGCCCGCACCUCGCGCAUGCAGCGGCAAGUGGCGGAGGCAAUGCAGCGGCUGCAGGCGCGGCAGCGGCCCCAGCCGGCGGCGGCGGCGGAGGAGGAGGAGGCGGCGGCGGAGGGGAAGGAAGGCGGGGCGGGGCAGGCGGGCGAGGCGGCUGGCUGCGGCGGCGCCGUGGCCGGCCCAGCCGUGGAGGGCUCCGUAGCCAGCGACGCGGCUGCUGCCGCCGGCGACACUGCCGCUGCCGACGAUGCUGGCGGCGGCGGUGCUGCUGGCAACGGCGCUGCUACUGCCAGUGACGCUGCUGGCGGCGGCCGCGUGAGUCAGCUCCUGGCGGAGUCGGGCUUCGCCUCCCUGCCCGUCAUAGAGAGUGUGGAGAGCGAGGGCGUAGUGCCCGAGCUGACCUUUCGGGUGGACCUGUUGGUCACCCUGGCGGGCGGCCGGCGGUUGGCGGUUGAGGUGGACGGGCCGCACCACUACAUGGCCAAUCCGCCGUACAACCAGAUGCACGACGGAUCCACCGAGAUCCGAAACCGACAGUUGGAAUUCGUACUGGGCGCCGACGGCGUUAUAACCGUGCCGCACUGGGAGUGGCUGCGCCUGCGGCACAGCCCCGAGCUUAAAGAGGCCUACCUGGCACGGCGGCUACAGGGGUUGCCUGUUGAGGACUGGAUUGAGCAGCACGGCAGAUCGGUGGCGGAGGCGAAGGCGGCGGAGUUGGGGGCGGAACAGGGGCGGCGCAAGCGGCAGCGGCGGGAGGAGGCCGGCGGCGCCAAGGACGAGAGCGCUGGCGGGAAGGAGGGCGAUGAGGGGGAGGAGGGCGAGGAGGAUGAGGAGGAGAGCGAGGAGGAGGAGGCACGCGCGGAGCGGGCGAGGAAGCUGCAGGUGAUUGGGGCGGAGCUGGGGCCCUCCCUGGGGUCGGAGCCUGCACCAGCGGCCGCUGCAGGAGGAGCAGCGGCGACGGCGGCGGCGGCGGCGGCGGCGGCGGCGGCAGCAGGUGGAGCGGGGGCACAGCGGCGCCGGCGUGCAGCUGCUGCGGUAGAGGCAAAGGCGGCGAAGGCGGCGGCGCCGGAGGCGGCAGCUGCCGCCCCGGAGGCAGCGCCUGCUGCUGCGCCGCAGGCGCCGGGGGCUCCAAGGGCCGAGGGUUCGGAGGGGGCAGGCGGGCUGCUGGGGGCACGUCGGCGCCGGGGAGUUAGGGGCGGGUAGUGGAGAGAGGGGUUGGGGAUUUCGGUACCUGGAUAUGUGGGGAUGGCGGUGCGAGUGACGGCGUUUACUGCAUAUUGGUAUGUACGGUGUUGGCUCAUGCCAAACUACGGUACUGAUGCCUUCUGUGUGCCUUCCGUGUUGGUUGGUGUGUGUUUUGCAUAUGACAGUCAUCACAGGUUGUGGUGCAGACUCUAAUGGAACGUGGAGGGCAGUGCGCCCGUGGUAACCUUGAUGGUAACACAGACAGGCAGGGCAUAAUGUGUGAUUGAUUGAUUGCUAUUCGCAUGUUGUUUGCUGAAGGACUGACGGAAGAAGCCUGCAGCGGUAAAAGCGUUCUUGGCGGUUUGUGGGUUGGUGCUUUACAGGUGCUUACGGACAAGAAACAUGGGCGAAAUGGCGGUGACCUUCAUAUUCUAACUUUUUGAAUCUAUGAUAGCUCCUCCAGUCAUAUGGAAGGCCAUCGGCGCCGGCGAGGUGGAGGUGCGGCAACUGGCGAGGGGGGCUACAUCUGGCCUGCUGGCCGCGUGCAUCAUGUUGCCCUC